CCAGGGGGGAGCGGACGGUAACCUCUGGGACAUGUCGCUGAGCUUCCUGGAGGACGCCCCGACGGGCAACCGGAGCAACGUGUCCUUCCUGCAGCUCCUCAGGAACAUCAACCUGGAGCGAGCCGACGGGAUGCAGGGGGACAGCUCCGGCGUGGUGCGGAUCAUCAUCUCCCUGGUGUACUCUGUGGUGUGUGCCUUGGGGCUGGUGGGCAACCUGUUGGUGCUCUACCUGAUGAAAAGCAAGCAAGGCUGGAGAAAGUCCUCCAUCAACCUCUUUGUGACCAGCCUGGCAGUGACUGACUUUCAGUUUGUGCUGACUUUGCCUUUCUGGGCAGUGGAGAAUGCACUGGACUUCAACUGGCUCUUCGGCAAGGCCAUGUGCAAGAUCGUUUCAUAUGUGACGGCCAUGAACAUGUACGCCAGCGUCUUCUUCCUCACUGCCAUGAGCGUGGCUCGCUACCGCUCUGUGGCUUCAGCCUUGAAGAACCAGCGGCGAGGUGACCCGCUGGGUGGUUGCUGCUCUGCCAAGUGGCUUUGCGCACUCAUCUGGGUGUCAGCUAUCCUGGCUUCCCUGCCCCAUGCCAUUUUUUCCACCACUGCCACCGUCUUUGAUGACGUGCUCUGCCUCUUGAAGUUCCCUGAGGGCCGCAGCAGCAAUGCCCAGUUCUGGCUGGGGCUGUACCACAUCCAGAAGGUGCUGCUGGGCUUCGUGGUGCCACUGGCUAUCAUCAGCCUGUGCUAUUUGCUCCUGGUGCGUUUCAUCAGAGACAAGCAUGUCGGCAGCACCUGCAGCGGCCCCAGCACCAAGCGCCGCUCCAAGGUGACCAAGUCAGUGUCGAUUGUGGUGUUGUCUUUCUUCUUGUGCUGGCUGGCCAACCCAGCCCCCAACCAAGCACUCACACUGUGGGGCGUCCUCAUCAAACUCAAUGUGGUGCACUUCAGCACUGAGUACUUCCUCUCCCAAGUGUACCUCUUCCCCAUCAGUGUGUGCCUGGCGCACUCCAACAGCUGCCUCAACCCCAUCCUCUACUGCCUCAUGCGCCGGGAGUUUCGCAAGGCACUGAAGAGCCUCCUCUGGAGAAUCACCUCGCCCUCCCUCACCACCAUGCGUCCUUUCACCGACACUACCAAGCCCGAGCAGGAGGAGCAGGCCCUGCACGCCUUGGUGCCUAUCCACCCCAUCGCUCCUUCCUCACCUGCUGAGGCUGUCCAGCCUGAGCUGGCCUACUACCCGCCCGGGGUGGUAGUGUACAGCGGCCGCUAUGACAUGCUGCCCAUCGGCUCCUCCGAGCAGCGAAAAAAAGGGGGUAGAGGGGGGAAGGAGUCUAUGAAGAAUGUGGCCCCAGGACAUUGA